CUCGGCCUGCCCUCUCCCCUCACCAUGGCCUCCCUCGCCGCCCUCAGAGCCGCCCGCAGGGCGCCGUGGCGGUCCUUCUCCUCCACAGCGCGCGCGCGGCAGCAAGACCCGCCCAAGCCCCCGCCCUCCGUCGACGACUCGACCUCCGCGCUCGACUACAAGCGGCACCAGCGUAUCCGCCCGCCGCCGCUGCCUGCGAUGGACCUGCCCCGAGCGCGCACGGCGGAGGAGGCGGUCACGAAUAUCUUGUAUAACACGCCCCCGCCGAGUCUGCAGCCGUUCAAGAGGCAUAUCCUGAAUUGCUUGGUGCAGAACGAGCCCGGUGUGCUAUCACGCGUGUCGGGUAUCCUGGCUGCGCGCGGGUUCAACAUCGACUCGCUCGUGGUGUGCCGCACGGAGAUCCGCGACCUCUCGCGCAUGUGCAUCGUCCUCAGGGGCCAGGACGGCGUGAUCGAGCAGGCGCGCAGACAGCUGGAAGAUCUCGUCCCCGUGUGGGCCGUGCUGGACUACACCAACACCCGCUGCAUCGAGCGCGAGCUCCUCCUCGUGAAGGUCUCCAUCCUUGGGCCCGAGUACCUCGAGGAACAGCUCCAAGGCGGGCCCUCGCACGAGCCGCGGCGCAUUGACCAGGACUACCCGCCCGCGCCCCCUCCCCCCUCACCCAAAAUGGAGCGCGAGAUGGCGCUCGCCCACCACUUCGAGCAUAGCGCCGAGCCCGAGCCCGCGGCGCCGGCGCUGACGCCGUCGGAGGCGCUCCGCCUGAAGCACGAGCACAUGGGCGCGAUCGACACGCUCGCGAAGCAGUUCGGCGCGACGAUCGUGGACGUGAGCGAGAACUCGGUGAUCCUCGAGAUGACGGGCAAGACGACGCGCGUCGAGGCGUUCCUGAGCUUGUUGAAGCCGUUUGGCGUGCUCGAGUCUGCGCGGACAGGUUUGAUGGUCAUGCCCCGCACGCCGAUUACGAGGUCGCCUGAGGACGACGACGUGUCGGCGGAGGGUGGUCCUGUGGACGCGAGUCUCCUCCCUCCCGGUUAGGGCUUCGCUAUGCUGUUAUUUUCAAGCGUAUUCCGGCUGCUUGCAUCUGUCAAAAGUACGCGUAUCUACGUGGUCUCCAUAAUCUCCACACAACAACCUACUCUGGAAUCGAACAUGCGGCUGUUACCAUCAUCCUCACCUGCUUGCAUUACUCCAGUAAUCGACAAAACAUAUGAGGGGCUGGACGUGUCAGUAAAUAGUAGACUCGCAUUAACGUCUACCAUCUGCUGUGUCCACGCCUUACCUCGUAACACUACGCCUCGUCAGGACGCGCGAGCGACGAUGGAGUGAGAAAUGCUCGUACAGAUAGUAAUUACUAAGUAAUAUCAGCGUUAAGAUAUCGAGACCUGAAGUCACAGGCCUCUAUGUUGAUGGGACACAGCUGGGACAACUCGGGCCUUGAAAC